UCUCUCGCCUCCUGGGCCGCGCGGCCGGAGCUGGCACGAAGGAGCGGCGGCAGCGGCGGCGGCUUCGGGCAUCGCGGCUUGGGGACGCCGGCGCUCCGCUGGACACGGCGUCCCCGAGAGCGCCCUCCGCGCGCGGACCUGCCUCCCGUGGUCCCGGGCGGCCCGGGGACGUCCGGCGUUCCCCGAGGGCAAGCGUGUCCGCGCGGGGUGGGGGACCAGCGCGGGGCUGCAGCCUGUUGGAGCUCGGGGAGCGCGGGGUCCGGGGCUCCGGGGACCUUGCGCGGAGCCGCACGGCCAGGCCUCCUGCGCACCGCAGUUCUCUCCAACUCCCCGCCUCCGCCGCAUCGGGGCCCAGCGCCGCCGGAGGACCCUGUCCGGAUCUGCGAAGAAAGGAAUGUCAUGAAAAAGGAACAGAAAAGAGCCGUCAUUGUUGGUGAAAGGGGAGUUUUCUUUCCCCGCUGGUGGUUACUUCAUGAUUGGAAGAGAUGUACCUAGGUGGCUGAAGAGAUUAGAUUUUUCUAGCUGUACAGAUGAAGCUGAUAAAAGAAGACAUGAAAAUGCUUCCUCUGGGUCAUAAUCGGCUGAUAAGUAAGAAGGCCUGAAAAAGACAGAUUUGAAAUGAGGGCAGGAAUUUUGAGAUUUUUUAAAACCAGGUAGGACUUUGGACACUUAUUGAGGAUGUUUUUCUCCCAAAAACGAAGAAGAAAAAAUUCUCAAAGCCAGAAGUGUAAAAAGUUGAGAAGAAAAACAACCGAGUCCACCCCAAGGAUUUCAGACUUCGUCACUUUCUUUGGGUAGACACACACACAAGGGCAUCACUCACGUUUGGUGAUUUUAUUCCGGCGAUGGUUUCCUAUGCUAGGAAUGACUUCAUUUGGAGUUUGGAGUGCUUUUUUCUUCCUUUUUCUUUUUCUUUUUCUUUUUAAACAGUGUGUGUUGACACUUCAUGUUAAAUUUAUGCAAAGGAAGUAAAUCCUAAAGUCAUAGUAUGUUUGAGUCUGUAUACCACUGUUUGCUCUGUGAUAUGGAAAAACUAGAGGAUUUAACAUUCCUUGAAAUUUUAUUGGAAGCAAAACUGUGUUAGAGACGCAGAUAUACAGUGUAAGUUUUCUCUUUUUGGCAAUCGUAUUUGCUUUGAAGGAGCCAACUAUCAGCUGGAUUUCACAGCAUAAGCGAUUUAUAGUCUUUGUUUUAUCAAGGCCUUAAAUGGGUGUUUUAUACUGAGCAGAUGGGAACCACAUUGAGCACUCUGUUUGACAUGAUUGCCUAAGGAAAGGAACUCCCUGAUGGAUCAUGGCGUUAAUGUUUACAGGACAUUUCUUAUUUUUAGCAUUAGUGAUGUUUGCUUUCUCAACUUUUGAGGAAUCUGUAAGCAAUUACUCUGACUGGGCAGUUUUUGCAGAUGAUAUAGAUCAGUUUAAGACACAGAAAGUGCAAGAUUUCGGGUCCAACCAAAAGCUGAAAAAAAGUAUGCUUCAUCCAAGUUUAUAUUUCGAUGCAGGAGAAAUCCAAACAAUGAGACAAAAGUCUCGCACAAGCCAUUUGCAUCUUUUUAGAGCUAUUAGAAGUGCAGUGACAGUCAUGCUGUCCAACCCAACAUACUACCUACCUCCACCCAAGCAUGCUGAUUUUGCUGCCAAGUGGAAUGAAAUUUACGGUAACAAUCUGCCUCCUUUAGCACUGUACUGUUUGUUAUGCCCAGAAGACAAGGCUGCCUUUGAAUUUGUCUUGGAAUAUAUGGACAGGAUGGUUGGCUACAAAGACUGGCUAGUUGAGAAUGCACCAGGGGAUGAGGUCCCAGUUGGCCACUCCUUAACAGGCUUUGCCACUGCCUUUGACUUUUUAUAUAACUUACUAGAUGAUCAUCGGAGACAAAAAUACCUGGAGAAAAUAUGGGUGAUUACCGAGGAAAUGUAUGAAUAUUCCAAGGUCCGCUCAUGGGGCAAACAACUUCUUCAUAACCACCAAGCUACUAACAUGAUAGCACUGCUCACCGGGGCCUUGGUGACCAGGGUAGAAAGAGAAUCUAAAGUAAAUUUAUGGAAACAAGUUGUAGUAGAUGUGAUGGAAAAGACCAUGUUUCUGUUGAAUCAUAUUGUUGAUGGUUCUUUGGAUGAAGGUGUGGCGUAUGGGAGCUACACAGCUAAAUCAGUCACACAGUAUGUUUUUCUGGCCCAGCGCCAUUUUAACAUCAACAACUUGGAUAAUAACUGGUUAAAAAUGCACUUUUGGUUCUAUUAUGCCACCCUUUUACCGGGCUUCCAAAGAACUGUGGGUAUAGCAGAUUCCAAUUAUAAUUGGUUUUAUGGUCCAGAGAGCCAGUUGGUUUUCUUGGAUAAGUUCAUCUUAAAGAAUGGAGCUGGAAAUUGGUUAGCUCAGCAAAUUAGAAGGCACCGACCUAAAGAUGGACCAAUGGUCCCCUCCACUGCCCAGAGGUGGAGUACUCUUCACACUGAAUACAUCUGGUAUGAUCCCCAGCUCACCCCACAGCCUCCUGCUGAAUAUGGUACUGCAAAGAUGCACACAUUCCCUAACUGGGGUGUUGUUACUUAUGGGGCUGGGUUGCCAAAUACCCAGACCAAUACCUUUGUGUCUUUUAAAUCUGGGAAACUAGGAGGUCGAGCUGUGUAUGACAUAGUUCACUUUCAGCCAUACUCCUGGAUUGAUGGGUGGAGAAGCUUUAACCCAGGACAUGAGCAUCCAGAUCAGAACUCAUUUACUUUUGCUCCCAAUGGGCAAGUGUUUGUUUCCGAAGCUCUCUACGGACCUAAGUUGAGCCACCUUAACAACGUAUUGGUGUUUGCGCCAUCACCCACGAGCCAGUGUAAUAAGCCCUGGGAAGGUCAACUGGGAGAAUGUGCACAGUGGCUCAAGUGGACCAGUGAGGAGGUUGGUGACGCAGCAGGGGAAAUCAUUACUGCCUCUCAACACGGGGAAAUGAUAUUUGUGAGUGGGGAGGCAGUGUCUGCUUACUCUUCAGCAAUGAAGCUAAAAAGUGUGUAUCGCGCUUUGCUUCUCCUAAAUUCUCAAACUUUGCUAGUUGUCGAUCACAUUGAGAAGCAAGAUGAUUCCCCAAUAAAAUCUGUCAGUGCCUUCUUUCAUAAUCUGGAUAUUGAUUUUAAGUACGUCCCAUAUAGGUUUAUGAACAAGUAUAAUGGCGCCAUGAUGGACGUGUGGGAUGCACACUACAAAAUGUUUUGGUUUGAUUACCAUGGCAAUAGCCCCGUUGCUAGUAUACAGGAAGCAGAGCAAGCUGCUGAAUUUAAGAAACGGUGGACCCAGUUUGUUAACGUUACGUUUCAGAUGGAAUCCACAAUCACAAGAAUUGCAUAUGUCUUUCAUGGGCCAUAUGUCAAUGUUUCCAGCUGCAGAUUUACUGAUAAUUCCAACGCUGGACUUCAGAUUUCUCUCAACGUCAACAAUACUGAACAUGUUGUCUCCAUUGUAACUGACUACUACAACCUGAACACAAGAUUCAGUUACCUGGGGUUUGGUGGCUUUGCCAAUGUGGCUGAUCAGGGCCAAAUCACCCGAUUUGGUUUGGGCUCUCAAGCAAUAGUAAGGCCCGUAAGACAGGAUAAAGCUAUUUUCCCCUUUGGAUUUAAAUUUAAUUUAGCAAUUGGGUUGAUUUUGUGCAUUAGCUUGUUGAUUUUAACUUUUCAGUGGCGGUUUUACCUUUCUUUUAGAAAGCUAAUGCGAUGGAUCCUAAUACUUGUUGUUGUCUUGUGGUUUAUCGAGCUCCUGGAUGUGUGGAGCACUUGCACUCAGCCCAUCUGUGCAAAAUGGGCAAGGACGGAGAUGGAGGCCAGCACGAAGUCUGUGUCUUCCCAAGGGCACCACGUUGAUCGUCCCGAUGUUGUCAUUACCUCACUUCCUGGUUCAGGAGCUGAAAUUCUCAAACAACUAUUUUUCAACAGUAGUGAUUUUCUCUACAUCAGGGUUCCCACAGCCUACAUUGAUAUCCCUGAGACGGAAUUUGAAAUUGACUCCUUUGUAGACGCCUGCGAAUGGAAGGCAUCAGAUAUCCACAGUGUGCAUUUCCGUCUACUCCGAGGCUGGCUGCAGUCUUUAGUCCAAGAUACAAAACUGCAUUUGCAAAACAUCCAUCUGCAUGAAUCCAGUAGGGGUAAACUGGCCCAAUAUUUUAUAGUGAAUAAGGACAAGAAAAGAAAAUCGAAGAGGAGAGAGUCUUUGUCAGAACAAAGAGGUAGAAUGAAAGGCGCCUUUGAUAGAGAUGCUGAAUACAUUAGGGCUUUGAGGAGACACCUGGGUUACUUCCCGAGCGCACGGCCUGUGCUCAGUCUAAGCAGUGGGAGCUGGACCUUAAAGCUUCAUUUUUUUCAGGAAGUUUUGGGAUCUUCGCUGAGGGCAUUGUAUGUAGUAAGGGACCCUCGGGCGUGGAUUUAUUCAAUGCUGUACAGUAGCAAACCAAGUCUUUACUCUCUGAAGAAUAUACCAGAGCGCUUAGCUAAACUGUUUAAAGUAGAGGGAGGUAAAGGCAGAUGUAGCUUAAAUUCGGGCUAUGCUCUGGAGUAUGAAUCAUUAAGGAAAGAAUUAUCAAAACCCAAGUCCAACGCAGUCUCCUUGUUGUCUCAUUUGUGGUUGGCACACACAGCAGCAGCCCUGAGAAUAAACGCAGAUUUGCUACCUACCAGCUACCAGCUGAUCAAGUUUGAAGAUAUUGUGCAUUUCCCCCAGAAAACCACUGAAAGGAUUUUUGCCUUCCUUGGCAUCCCUUUGUCUCCUGCUAGUUUAAACCAAAUAUUGUUUGCCACUUCCACGAACCUUUUCAAUCUUCCCUAUGAAGGGGAAAUAUCACCAAGUAAUACUAAUGUUUGGAAACAAAACUUGCCUAGAGAUAAAAUUAAACAGAUUGAAAACAUCUGCUGGACACUGAUGGACCGUCUAGGAUACCCAAAGUUUAUGGACUGAGUGCUGCAGGUGAGGACCCAGGAGCAAAUCCCAGAGCCUCCAGCCAGAAACUCAGCCUCCCAAUGAAAAGUACACCUCUGCAUUGGGACCAAAUGCCACAGACCUGUGAGAGUGGGGCUCAUAGUCUUUAAAGACAGGGAUUCCUUUGCUAUGGUUGGGGUUUUUUUAGAUAUUGCUGUCCACACCCUGCUAUGGUUCACUGUAUGUGAAUUAGAAAACACUAUUGUGUUGAUCCUGGAGUAUGCCAGCUGUGCUGCACUUGUGUAUCAAACCGUGGGCAUUAUGGAUAUGCAAAAUAGGUUCCUCUGUGAUAUUGAUCAGUUUCUGUGGCCAGAGGUGGGACUUAGCAUCAGAAUUCAUAUACUCAACAUUCUAUAAUCUGGUGCCAGGCAUCAAAGAUCUGAAAGAUAUUAAAAUGAACACAAGUAUACAUGUCAUCUACUCUGAGAAAAUGCACAGUUAAUUCUGACUUUCCAUGAUCACAUUUUGUUUCCACCAACUACCCCAGAGGUGAAUGUUUAUCCUGCAUGUUCUGUUUACCAUUCCCUGGAUUGUCUUUAUAGCUCCACUACACACAUCUCUCCUUAUGAACGUAUUGUAGAUUUUUUCAUGUUUUGCAACUUUUUGUAAACAGUAACAUAUUGCAUAUAUUAUUGUGCAACUUGCUUUGCUUUGCCCAAAAUUUUGUCUAAUGCAUCUUGAUUUUGUAGGUGGCCACUUAUUUUCAACAUGGUAGUGUUCCAUUAUGUUCUAUAUAUAAGAAUGUUCUGUCUUUUGUUUGUACCCGGAACCUUCCCACCCACUCCCACCCCAGCCUCCUCCCUAGUAUAUGUAUCCAGGGCUGAAAGCUCACCCUUGGCUAUUCUAGACAAUGCCAAGGUAUUAUUUCUCAGAUUGUCUGUACCAAUUGACACUCCAGCCAUCAUAGGAAAGUUUCUGUUGUUCCCAAUGUUCUCUUGUACUUGACAGUUUCAGAGUUUUUAAUACUUUCCUGUCUGGGUAUCACAUUUUUGUUUUCAUUUGCACUUUCUGACUAUUAAUGACAUAUAGCCUAUAUGCACCUGAGCAUGAGCACAUGCACAUGUAUAGUCACCCUUAUUGUUUUCCAUCUGUAGUUUGUAAAAUGAAGUCCAUGUUCGUGUCUUUUAUCCAUUUUUCGAGUUCAUUUUUUCUUAUUAAUGCAUUGAAGUUUGUCAUAUAUUAAUAAUAGACUUUGUCAUAUGUGCUAUGAAUAACUUCUUUGCUUCUAUUUUCAUGAUGUUUGUACUAUGAUUUGUGUAAUCUAUUUCGCUACACAGGUGUCUUUGAUUUGAAUGUAAGCAAAUAUGUCAGUGUUUUCUUUUAUUAUUUAUAGUUUUUUGUCUUAUUGAAUCUUUUCCGGAGUCUUGGCACUAUAAAUACCCUCCUCUCUUUUCCUCUAAACCUUUUACUACUUUUAUUGGACGUCUAUUGCUGUAUAACAAAAUUACCACAAACUUGAUGGCUUAAAACAACACAGUGAUUAUGUCAGAGUUCCUGUGGGUAGGAACUGUGUGUUCAGCCUCUCGCAAGGCUGCCAUCAGGCUGCUGGCUGGCACUGGAAACUCGUCCGACACUCACCUGGAGAAGCAUCUGCUUCCCAGCUCCUUGGCUAUUGGCAAGAUCCAGUUCCUCGUGGGUUCUUGGACUAAAAGCCUUAGUUCUUUUCUAGCUUUUGGCUGAAGACCACCCUUAGUCAUGACCACAUGGGCUUCUCCGUAUGACAGUUUACUUCAUGCAAGCCGGGAUGGGAGCGAAUCAGUAGAGGAACUACCAACUACUAUAACAAUGUAGCUCAAUUGGAAGUGACACCCAAUCAGCGUUGGUUAGAAGCAAGUCACAGGUCCUCACACCGAAGGGAUUAUAUAAGAUCAUGAAUACCAGGUGUAACAAUGGGGGUCAUUUUAGAGCUUAUCUGCCAUAGAUUUUUGUCUUUUAAUAUUUCAGGAUUUAAUCUGCUUUAUGUUAAUUGUUGUGAUGAUUCUGAAUUUUUUUUUCCUUAUGAAUAAACCUGUUAUCCUAGACUGAAAAGAUUGAAACCCCUUUCUUUCCCACUACCUUUCAAUGCUAUCACUACAACAUACCAGGUUGUCUAUUUUGUAUGAGUCUAUUUCUGAGCUCUCUACUCUAUUCCACUAGCAAAUUUGAUAAAGCCACUGACAAUACCACACUGUCUUAAUUACUAUAGUCAUUUUGUUAGCCUUGAAAUAUGGCAAGGCAAGGCUUUUUAUUUUCUUUUUCCUCAUUUUGUCUUAGAUUUUCUUAAGCCUUUAUUCUUCCAUGUGCAUAGUUUGCACAGUUUCUCAAAGCUUACAAACAAGGUACAUGUUCAUUGUAAAUGCAUUAAAUCAACUUUGAGAGAAUUGACCUCUUUACAUUAAUUAAUCUCUGUUCAUGAGCAUGGUAUGUCUCUCCUAUAUAAUACUUAUUAAUCCUUUGAUAGAUGUCUCUGAGCACUUUAUAUUGUUAUUACAGUAGGUGACAUUUGUUAAUUAUAUGUUCAAUUAUAUAUAGAAAAAGAAUUGAUUUUUGUGUAUUUGUAUUAUAUCAGGGACCUUAUUAAUUCUUCUUACUAAUUUAAUAAUUGACUUGUAAAUUCUUUUGAAAUAAAUGGUUUUGCAAUUGUAAUUUAUGAGAAUUAUGAGAUUUCCUUCCUCUUACUCGUAACUUUUUAAUGUUCUUACUGCAUUUGUUAGGACCUCCUGUAAAAUUCUGAAAGGGUUUGGUGAUAGUGAGUGUUCUUGUACUGUUCCUAUGAGAAUGCAGUGCUUCCAGAUAUCACCACUGAGCAAUGGAUGCGGUGUGUAUUUCAUAGACUCACCUUAUCUGGAUGUGGUACUCCUUUCUAGUCCUGCUUUGGUAAAUGACUUCUUAACAUCAAUGUAUAGUAGGAUUUAUUCAGUGCUUCUGAUGCAUUUAUUGUGAUAGUUGUAUGUUUAUUUGCCUAUAUCUGUUAGUGUGAAAAUAUCUGUAUUAUAUGAAAAAAAUAUUUUAUUUUGAGAUUAAAUCAAACUUGGUUGGCUAUGAUAAAA